AUGGCCCCCUCAUCCGCAAAGGAGACCUCCAAGCUGUCAGAAAUGGCCGAGGGCGGGCAAAGUGUGGUGACAAUGCAGUCCAGGAGUAGUCCACCAGCUGCGAGUACGUCAGGUGACGGCGACAGUCUCCGCCGUACCACUGCACUGGCUUUGCAAACACUUGGCAUGCACUCUCCUCGUCGUCGCGACCUCGCUCUUCAAUCGGUAGACUCGUCAGCUUCAGCAGAAGCUUCAAACGUCAAAGCAGGCGUCGCAUCACCGACAAAACCCAACUCAGCUGGCUUGGUCGCCUCACCGACGCUCUCCUCUGCACUCGAUGGGCGCCCACCUGCUUCACCGAUCGGCCCACGCGCUGCUCCCUCGUCGCCCCCAUCGAGGUUGACUGGCACUUUGGGUCUCUCGCCGCACUUCGCCGACUUCGCCCAUGGCACCUCGUCCACAGCCUCGUCCUCCACUGCCGUUUCGCCAAGCUCUGUCACUGCAGACGUUCACGGCGAUAUUCAACAGCCCGGCGCAGACGAGGCACCAGCCUCUCAGGAUAGCGGCAAGGGUGCGCACAGCGCGAGGCCUGCGUCUCCCGCAGUGGCACCCUCUCCGAGCAGCGCUCCGCCCAACCUGGAAGGUUUCCCGAACUCAGCACAGUCGAUGCCGCUCUUCGCCUUCACCACAAGUCCACCACCAGAGUCAGGCAUUAUUGCAUACUCUGAGCACUCGACAAAUGCGUCAUCUUUCAGCGGUGUAGGGACGUCCCCGCAGGCGAGACCGCUGGAGUCGGUUGCACAGAGCGGUUCCGCUCCUGUCACAGUACCCAACGCUGUACGAAAGUCGAGCACUUCCACCUCAUCUCCGGCAUCGCCAGCAGCCAGAGAGCUGCCCUCUACUUCAUCAUCGUUGCAAGUGACCGCAGUUGGUCCUGGCCCGAGCCAUGGAACACCGCCCUUCCUCUCGCCGAGCUCGCGAAGCCCAAGCACUGGCAGUCUGAGCGCAGGCGGUGGCUCAAAUCAUGGAAGCGCUGUCGGCUUCUUCUCGUCUUUGCGGCCCUCCUCGCCGAUGAGGCGAGCAAACACGGAUGAUGGGUCAUCGGUAGUCUCAGCGACCAGUGCGAGCUUGGCCGAUACAGGGGCUGGUCCUUCAAGUGUCACGACCGGCGGAAUUUCGGCAUUCCGAGACAGAAGGAGAGAGGCAAAAGAGCGAGAGAAGGCCAGUACCAAGAGUACAGAUGAGGCUCGAGCGAGGAGGCCCAGCAGCGUCUUUGAGCACGUCGGAGGAAUGUGGGAACGAUUUGGUAAACGUGUGCAUUCGCGCGGAGAAAGUCGCGACUCUUCGUCGCAGGGUCACCGACGCGGAGUGAGCGCGGCGUCCUUGACGAGUGGAGGUGCGAUGCCCUCGGGUAGUGCCUUGGACACUAAUGAAGAGGCAGAAGAGCAGGUGAGUGGUCUCGUCUGAGCGCAGGCGCCGCAGAAUCAGCGGGUCCGUAUGCUCAGGAGGAUUUCGGGUCAGGGUACCACGUCCCUGCAUGCGCUCGAAAUUAGGGCGUUGCCAGGCGCAGACAUAGCUUCGGCCCAGCCAUGCGCAGGGCGCGUCGAUUCCCUGCUCAAGGUCGCUGACCAUGUGUCCACUCGCGCCUGCAACGCUCUCUCCAUCCCUACGCCCCAGUCGCCGAAUGGUUCCUACCUCGCAUACACCAGCGAUCGCUUCAACUCUAACCUAGUACAGACGCAAUAUGCAGCUGGCGGCAGCAGCUCGAACAUCCAGAUCGCAGACGUUGGCGAAGCACAUGCCACAGGCGCCGACCCGAUGGAGGUUUUGGAUUCGCCACCCCUAGAUGCGAACGAGCUUGACGCCAGUCAAGGUGCAGACGGACAUGCUCGUGCUGAGUCAUCUACAGCUCCUCUGCGGCCACUAAUCAGACCUGCCAGUACCCCGCUAGAGCGCGUGCUGAUUCAGGUGACCGAGGACAAUGAACGCUUUUCGGUGGUUGACAUCUCUGGUCUUAGCUCUGCUGCAGCUAUCAAGGAACGUAUGCUGAGCAAGUUGCGUGAGUUUGCAGAGGCUUGAUCUAAGAUCGCGCGUAACGUUCUGACGAAUAUCUCGUGCCAAUGGGCCCGCCUCUCUGCAGAUAUCUUCGACAGCGAGCACUCCAGCUUUGCGUUGUAUCGCACCGAGAUCGGUCAAUCAGAUGCAACGGGUCCGCGCAUCAACGACGAUGCCCUGCUUGCACAAUGCUUGCAGCUCGGAGAUAGCAAAGGCACCUUGAAAUUUCUCAUGCAACAAAUCAUUCCAGCGAGAGAUGGUGAUAUGCUACCUCCUCCAGUCUCUGGCAGUAUUUCGCCACAAAAGACUCUCAGAGAUCUUCCUGGAUCCAAAGCCUCCUACAAUGUGUCCGGCAGCACGUCUCAGAGCGGAGCUGCGCCCAUCGUUACUGGACAUUCAAAAUCGAGCAGCUUGUCGUCAAAGUCGACCGUCAGCGACGUCCUUGCGUACAGCGAUGCGCUCGUCGAUGGGACCUCGGAAAGUCAGUCCCUACGCAGCGCGUCGACUUCGGGAAGCAUGAUGCAAAGGGGACGAGCUAAGCCUCGACGGCCUGCGACUGCUGGCGAAUAUGGGAAGUCGCCGCCGAACUCCGCUUCUUUGCGCGGCUUUGCACUCGGCUCUGUUGCAGAGCAGCAAGGGACGCCAAUUUCUUCGAUCGCCCAUUACCGUAGACCAAGCGUCCCAAGGGACGACACUGUGGUAGAGGAGCUGGAUGAUGAGGAUGAGAGUACACGUACCAGUCGACCAAGCGCUGGGCAAGUACACACCCGACAUCCUUCUUCGGGCCAAUCCCAGCCAUGGGUAGCGCCAUGGGAAGAGGUGUUACCACCUUCUCGUGAAGGUGGUCCAAACGAAGGGACGCACGCACUGCGGAAUCGGCCUCCUUCGCCCUCACUCGUUCUGAGCCCGCAGUUGGGAAGUUCCUCGAGCGAUGUUGGCCGUGGACCUCGGCGCUCGGACCAGCAAACGAUGGGCAGGAUGGGGUCGCAAACUUCAUUGCAGGACGGUGGACCGCUGCCUCGGAGUCUCCUCACCAGUGGCGGAAGAGAUCUGCGUCACCACGACUCGGCUGCGCAAAUGUACGCUGGUGCUUCACCACCUUCGGAACAUGGAGCCAACUUCGACCACCGCCAGCGCAGUGAUACCGCUUCCGACCGCAGGCCUUCCUACUCAGAUGGCGCGAGCAGCCCGAUGCACGCUGCGAAAAGUAUGGAUGAUCUUCGAUUGCGGAACGCCGCUCCUCCUGCUCCGCCUCCGGGCACCAUGCCGCCGGCCCGUCAUCCCGAUCUGCUCGCUUUUGGCGGUGUCCAUCCACUGGACACUCUCGAUGGUCGUUAUCCAAGCCCGAGUGUGGCGAGGGCUACUCCGACCCCACCUUCCGCCGGUAGUGGGUCUAGUGCUCCGGCCCGUCAUCAUAGCGGCGAUGUCCGGGGAACUCCCUUCGUUCACGCGUACGCAGGACCACAGGAUCAGUAUCGUGCCCGCGCUCCGUCACUAGUAGAGUCGACGUAUCCGGACCAUCAGAAAGCUCGAGCACCUUCAUUUGGCUCUGCUUACAGCAGCGACGGAAGAAUGCUCGCGCGGCCAGUAUCGGAUCCAAGACUUCUCGCGAUGCGACCGAUGCCCUCGCCAGGUUUCAAUACCCCACCGCGACCUAGCCCUCACCAGUAUCAGGCCGGUCCUGGGCCUCUCGCUCCGCAGUACGAUGGCAGGUACUUGCAUCAAGCUAGACCCCCUAACCAGCAAUAUACCAACGAAUUCGGCGCGCGUAUGACGCAGUACGCUAUGGCAGGUCCUGCGAGCGAUCCGAGGCUGCAGCCUCCAGCGACCAUGUCCGGACGCAUUUCGCCAGCUCCUUUUUCUUCUCGACCGCACACCUACCACGACAUGCAAGCGCAACAUUCUGCUUACUUUAGGCCCCCACAGCAAGGACCGAGUCCUCAUAUAGCCCAUCAGUCGCCUGGCUUUGUUCCUCGAGAAGACCCCUUUGCAGCAGCGCAUUUCCCCGCGAGCAGCUCUCGGCAGGUGUCGGAAUUUCAGCGGACUGCAUAUGGACCAGGGGGAUUGCAACCUGGCAAGACUGUGCAGGAAACACUGCGCUCGCAGCACCAUCCCCAGCCACAGUUUCAGCCACAUGGGCACAGCUUUGGUCCUCGCGAACCGCGUGAUCCUCGUGUGGCAUGGAACGGACCGCGUCAGCCAUAUGAGCAAGAGUACCCCGCUCAGCCUUAUCGCACGGCGCCUCGAGCCGAAAGUCCAGCGCGACCGAUGCACACUUCUGCACAGAUGCCCCAGCAGAGCCAGCACUAUGGACGCACCGGGACGUAUGUGGAACACCAAUCUGGUCCUCCGAGUCGCUCCAUAGAGACACAACAACGAUUCCCCCAAACGACGCAGCCCCCGAACAACGGUCCUGGAAGUCCAAUGUCGUACAUCAGUGGAAUUCAGCAAUCAUCGCCUUCUGUGGCAUCACUUUCGUUCGCAGGGCCUUCGGCGCCUGCGUCGUCUUUCCAGCCGAAUCAAGAACAGCAUCGGCCAUCAGAAACAUCGUCGGGAUCCUCGUAUGCGUCAUUCGCAUCUGGCGGAAGGAAUGUCUCUGUGGAAGAUCAGACAGCUCGCAACUCGGUGGGAGAAUCCAUUGGCAGCGCUCCGACGUCUGCGAGAAGCUCGAGGAGCGAGCCGCUGAGCCCGAAUACUCAAAAGAGGCUACUGGAUACCAAAGCUGGUACUCCUAUAAGCACGAACCAGGCGCUUGCAGGUCAUGGCUCGCCAAACGUCCCAUACGAUGCUGCCAGACGGCCCUCGGUGGAGGAUCAAGAUCUUUUGAACAUCAGACCACUUCCCAAGCCGCCUCAAAGCCAACAGCAGCGAAGUGACGCCUCGCGUACUGAUCGCAUGUUGUCACCGGUCCAUGUGAGCUCGACUGACGACGAAGGCACUUUCGACGCGUCGAGAUGGGCGUCGGUGCUCAGUGCAAUUGAUGGCGAUGGUACUGCGAGGCCAGGCGACGGCGCGACGUUGCGGCCAGACAGGUCGGACUCGUCGACGACAACGAAUGCCAGCUCCUUCACCUCAGAGUCCACUUCAACUACUCUGAAAGCUGAAGACGAGCUAGACGAUGCUGAAGACGGCGGUGGCACAUUUGCUUCCUUCGUGGACGACGAUGACGAUGACGAUGCUGCUGGAACUUGGGCGCGUCCAUUGGAUCCCAAGGCCUCUGCGCUCAGUCAAAUCCGAUCUCAGAGUGGCACCAACGCGCCCGAAAUUACGUUGUCCGUCUCACACCACGGUACCGGCACGACGCUGCACGACCCUGGUGUAUCACAGGAAGCCGGCUCUCGUAGCCCUCGAAGACCUCAAUUGACGAUCAGCAUCGACUCGAACAAGGGAGGCCAAAGCGGUGCGCACCCCAGCUCUCCUCGAACUCGUCAGCUUUCGAUCGCGAAUGCGGCGUCGACUCUUCUCCAACCUACGGAGCCUUCCUCUGCCGCGUCUUCGAAACCCAUGACUCCGACGUUGUCCGGCGUCAAUCGUCGAUUGUCAUUCGCGCAGCGUGAAACUGAUUGGGCGCCGCGUCCGCCACCCGAGCAGCUCUACGAGAACUUGGACGAAUUCUUCCCGAAGCAUGACCUUGACAAGCCCGUGCUUGAGGCUUUGAUACCGGGCAGUCCCCUUGUAGGCAGUCCAAAGUCCGACGCCAAUGUCGCUCUCGCUCCGCCAUCCUCACCCACCGCAGUGACGGGUCGUGGCAUCGGACGCAGUGGUCACAAAAAGUCUAUCAGACUCGUAGCUCAAGACCGCAAGCGUCUGCUCGAGCGCGGGGAGACCACUACCAGGCGUCGACUGGAAGGUCUCAGCAAUCUUGAAAGAAGGCGUAGUACCAAGCUCUGGGGCGGCAAGGUGAUCGAGAUGACCCCUGGCACGGACCUGAAUCAGCCGGUCUCGGCCACUUCUGUCGCAUCUCCGACUGCUGACGCAAAUUCGAGACGUGAGUAACGCUACAAAAGCCUGAAUAGGUCUUUGCGGUGACUAACAUGCAUUACGUUCGAUCUUGCACAGCGGUGUUCAAAUGGGUCAAGGGUGAUCUGAUUGGAAAGGGUACCUAUGGGCGGGUGUACCUCGCACUCAAUGCGACGACUGGUGAGAUGAUCGCAGUCAAGCAGGUCGAGCUGCCCAACACAGACAGCGACAGAUUGGACGUGCGGCAAAAAGGUAUGGUGGAUGCUUUAAAGUCAGAGAUAGAGACUUUGAAAGACUUGGACCAUCCCCACAUCGUGGCGUAUCUUGGCUUUGAGGAGACAAGACAAUUUUUGAGCAUCUUCUUGGAGUGAGUCUUGAGACGUCGCCGUGUUGGCGCCAGGUCUCAUCAUUAUGUGCUCACUUUUCCAUCGUCUUACAGAUACGUACCUGGCGGUAGCGUGGGCAGCUGCUUGCGAAAGCAUGGCAAGGUCAGUCGUUGCAUGGGACGUUCCCUUGGCAUCAUGCUUGAGGCUCACGAGAGUUUGUAUCCUGGACAGCUCGAGGAAAACACCACCAAGUCCUUCGUCCAUCAAGUGCUCACAGGUCUAGAGUACUUGCAUUCGAAAGGCAUUCUGCACCGAGAUCUCAAGGCCGACAACCUGCUUGUGGACCAAGACGGUGUGGUGAAAAUCAGUGACUUCGGAACUGUGCGGAAAGGUGCCGACGACGUAUACGGCGAUGUCGCAUCUAUGAGUUUGCAAGGUUCCAUCUUUUGGAUGGCGCCGGAGGUUCUCACUUCAACGCGGGGAUACAGUGCGAAAGUCGACAUCUGGUCCCUGGGAUGUGUGGUGCUUGAGAUGAUGGCGGGGCGCCGCCCUUGGAGCGAUCAAGAAGCUGUCGAAGCCAUGUUCAAGAUUGGGGCAGAGAGAAGAGCCCCACCCAUCCCUGCAGACGUUCGCCUCUCCAAAGCAGCUGCUCACUUCUUGCGCAACUGUUUCCAAACGGAGCCUGCAAAUCGGCCAACUGCAGCAAAGCUGUUGACCCACGUCUUCCCUCACGUCGAAGGUGGUUGGAGCUUCAGUCAGACUCAACUGUACAGACACCUCAAACGUUGA